AUGCGUGGUCCCGGGAACGCCAAAAACCAUCAUUCAAAUCUGCAGAUCAGUGAUGAGCAGAAGCAUGUGGUGAAGAAAACGUGGAAACUCUUAUCAAACGACAUGGCAGGGCACGGCUCGGAGGUCUUUCUGCGGAUUUUUCAGCUGUACCCACAUGUCAAACAGCUAUUCCCGUGUCGUGAUGCCGAGGGUGAAGAGUUGCUGCACCAUCCGACAUUUAAAGGGCACGCUUCCCGUUUCAUGCAGGCCGUCGGAGCUGCAGUGGAUAACAUUGACGAUCUGGACGAAGCCUUGCGGCCUUUGCUUAUUGGGCUCGGUAGACAGCAUAUUCAUUUUAAAGGAUUCCGUCCGGACUAUUUCAAUGCUUUCACCGAAUCGAUGAUGUAUGUAUGGCAACAGGAACUAAAAGAAAAAUUCACAGACUUCGCGAAAGAAGCGUGGAAGACGGUGUUUGACUUCAUAAUGGGCACUCUGAAGGAAGGCUUUUUCUUGGCCCUCGACGAGGCUGGCAUGACUGUUGAUGAUGUAUGA